AUGGCUGGCCCGACGCCGGGCUCGCCAGAGUACCUGGCCGAGACCAACGACCCGGGCCUCGACCAGCGCGUCAGCAUCGUCUUCACCGUCAUCAACACCGUCUUCCUCGCCAUCUUCUACGCCAGCCGCCACUACAACCCCAAGGCGGUCGGCAGGCCCAUGCUCGUGUGCAACACGCUCUGCUACGUCUUCUGCCUCGGCAGCGCCGCGACCGGAAUCCUCAUGACACAAAUCGGCGGCGUGGGCCACCACGUCACCGCCGUCCCCGUCGCCACGUUCCAGACGUGGCUGCAGCUCUCCAAGGUCCUCGAGUUCACCUACACGCCCGCCGUCAUGUUUGCCAAGCUUGCCGCGCUCUUCCUCUACCACCAGCUCUUCGAGGUGACGUCCUACCGGCGGCUCAUCAUCCUCCUCGGCGUCGUCAUCCUGCUCCAGGGUGUCGUCGCCCUCAUCCUCGCCUUUUCCAUCUGCCGGCCCUUUCGCUACUUCUGGACGCAGGCCGUCGACAUCCACGACGGCACCUGCGGCGACGUCAUGCUCUUCUACAAGCUCUACAGCGUGCCGAGCCUCGUCACCGACGUCGUCAUGCUCGUCAUCCCCUGGCCGAUCCUGCUGCGGCUGCAGAUGCCCAUUGCGGAAAAGGUCGGCCUCAUGCUCACGUUCCUCGCCGCGUCCAUGGGCAUCAUCACCUGCGCGCUGCGCUUCUCCGUCUUCUUCACCACGCCGCUCUUCAGCGACCCGACGUGGUACGCCUCCGGCGGGCCCAUGAUCUACGCCCUCGUCGAGCCCAGCAUCUACAUGAUUGCCAGCAUCCUCCCCACGACGCGCCACCUCUACCGCCGCCUCCACCGCCGCCUGCGGCAGGGCGGCAGCAGCAGCAGCCGCAGCGGUCGCAGCAGCAGAAAUGACGGCAGCAAGAAUAGCAGCAGCAGCGCCGCCAAGUCGGCAGAGCUCGUAGCCCUGGACAGCAGCCAGACGAGCGGCGGCCGCCGCGGCAGGAUCACGCGCCACGUCGACAUUCGGCAGAACAACGUCACCGCCAGCCAGGAGGAGCUGACGCUCGGCGAGUGGUACCAGAGCCGCGAGCCGUGGCACCGGCCCCAGACGGCGGACACGAAGCCGAGUGUGCUGGAGGAGGGGCAUGGAAAGUGA